AUAGAGAGCAGGUUCCUUUGCGAAAAAGGCCCCGAAUACCAUACUGGAAAUUUUAAAAACUGGUCUCUGUUACGAAGGCAUGUUCAUAUCAUAGAAACUUAUUGCAAACACAAUUUCAGGGGCAAAAUUCCUCCUAAACAAAACCUGUCGUAUAUCCUGGGUCUUGCUGAAGCGGAGGAAGCACGUCAAUCCUUAUCACAUCCCAAAAGCCGACGUCUCGAACAUGAAAAUCCUGCAAAAGGCGUCCUGGAAAGGCGACACGGAAUAUGCUUUCCCGAUAUGUCCGUACCAACGUCUUCACUGACCGCCAUGCCGUGUAACAGUAGCUCUAGCUUCAAUUUACUUAACUGUGAACCAUGCACUGAAGAAGAAGAGAAUGCCCAGUUAGAAAUCGCAUUGAAAGCGAGUUCAUUUCAACCUGUGUCUAUGAAUCACUAUGGCCAUGCGACAGUCGAUCAAAAUAUGCGACACGCCCUCUCAGCUGUUGAUCAAACACGACACACAAGCACAAAAGACACGAGCUCGGAAACAGUUUGUGUCAACGAUGUAGAUGUGAGAAUCGAACCAAGCGAACAGCGGAAUGAACAGACAGACGAGAAUGAUGCAGCAAACGUACUCAUGUCUUUAUUAAACAGCUAG